AUGUGUCAGGUGAGGCUAGACAAAGCGAGUGACGGCCAGCGCACGGCGACAAAGGGGUUCUGGACAUUAUUUGGGCUGUCACUGCCUGGAUUAUCGGCACCGCCUGGCUUCUUCUUGGGUCAUGUUCUCACCACGGGUGGAGAUUCCCACAGGACACACCCACCCAUAUCAAUACCCGGGAUGAACACCACACCGCCACGGACACAGCCGGAAACUGGCCGGCAGGAGGUGACGGUAGGCCCGCCAAUUCUGGGGGACGUCUGA